UUUCUUAAAGAAAUUUGAGUCCUUGAAAAUCCAUUUUUGCUUGUCCUUGGGAACUUCAGGUCUGAUGUAUACAACUUUGGAGUAAUCUCAACUCAAUGCAGGUAUUGCUUUCAUGCUUAUGUAAACCUUGAAAGUAUCUUGAAAAAAAGAGAUACUCAAACUAGAAUGAUAGACAUCACAUGAAUUGUGUAUCACUUUGGGUGCAUAUAGAUUAAUUGUUCGUCUAGGAACAUUGCAGGUGAUUGGAGCCGUGGGGUUCAUGUAUCAACGACUUGAAAUUCCAAAAGAUGUUGAUGAGAACUGCUGGCAUCGUGAUCCAGCUUCCCGUCCAACAUUCCGGGAACUACUUGAGAAGCUUAGAGAGCUGCAAAUUAAAGACGAAACACCAAGUGACGAUGGCUGGACAGAGGAACUGAAUCUCUAUAUAGUUACUACUGCAGUUUAUGGUGGAAUGUGCAUGGGGGUAUUAACUGUGCUUGGAGACUUGAUGAUGGGUCCAUUUGGCACAGGAGCUGAGAUCAUGCUUUGUGAGUUGGCUCAGGCAUUAGAGAAGGAACAUGACCUCUGAACUUGGCUUUUAGGAACUAAUUUCUUUCUUGAUUGGCAACUAGCUUACACUUAGUUUAGUUAGUUACCCUUCUUGUAAUAACAAUUGAUUUCACUAGUUUAUGUAUUUCGAUAUUUGGAUUUGGUUUGCAGGUUUUGAUGCCUAUACCGAAGCCAAUAGGUUAUGCCGGAGCCAAUCCUUAUAAAAAGUAAGUAUUUUCGAUUAUUAUU